AUGGCUGAGUUACUAGAGAAAUAUGGUUUCCGACCGACUCACGAUCUUGCGAUCACGACCUCUCACAAACAUGGAGGGGUAUCAUUUGAUCAAAUAUCGAAAACGAAUGAAGCUGAAGCCGAGACUGAGUUUAAGCGACUUGAUACGGAACAUGUGAAUGAAUUGGAUUUUUUUCAAAUUCGAAAAUUUUACGAGUCGAAUGGGUUGAACUUUUCUGAUGAGAAAAUAAAGAAAAUUCUUAAGAAGAAUUUGAUUACUGGGGAGAAGCUCAAUUUAUUAGACUUCCAACAAAUGUACGAUGAUUUUAAAACAAACUAUUUCGACACACAAGACGAACAAAACUCAAAGCCCACAAAAUGGAGCGAUAUCUUUGAAAAGCAACUUAAAGAUGAUGGUGUGCCUACAAUAUGUACCAAUUACAAUCCUACAGACGUCACUAUCAAACACUUGUCGAAGCCAAUGUUCUCGAACGUAACAAGGUCUAAAGUAGUCGAAGACAAAGACGUACUUAAUUCCGAACAAGAACUUUAUUUGGGGAUGUUACUCGAUCCAACAACAGAAGUCGUCUAUUUAACUCCCAAGACUGAACUGAGUCAAAAACAGCGGAUGUCGAUAUCUAAUAUCGCUGAAAUGAAAGAGAGCGAGGAGCCGGACCCAAAAUUACUCAGAAAGACGACUUUAGAGGAUGUGAGAACAGUCAAAGGUAAUUUGUAUGAAAAUUAUUUACAUGACAAAACACAGACCAACGUCCACGAGAAAAUUGAAGUCUUGAAAAACACUAAUGCCGAGGGGAGUGUAUUUUUGAUGCAAAUUGAAGCGAGAAGUUUGAUACAAUAUGAACCCUUUUUCGUCGAGUUUGCAAUCUACGAAGUGAUCGAUCAGACCGACAAAAUCGUGAAGAUUACGGAGAACUACUUCAUCGACUUGAACUCACCAGAGAACAGAGCCUUAGUGAAAAGUAAAGAACCCGACGAAUAUGAAGAUAUGCUGUGCUCCAAAUUUAUCAUCAGACUCAAAGAAAUAGAAGAAAAAAAGAGGAAGUUCUUUGGUGUGUUUUACUUCUACAAAAUGGCGGAAGUCGAUAUCGAAGACGUCAAAGUGUUGUAUAAGGACAAGGCGGAGAAAAAGGACUUUGAGAAAGAACGCAAAAGGACUGAAUUGCAAUCAAAAACAGACAAUUCACAAGUCUCUUCGAGUGCCGUGGAGAAAACGGAGACUGAGGAAAGCGUCGAAGUGCAAGACAAGUCUUCCAAAGUGGAGAACGCCGAAAUUGGCGAUAAAGAAUCCAAGACGGGGAAAUCCGAGAAAUCUGAAAAGGAGGACGACCCUGAAAAAGCCGAAGAGAAGGUUUCUGACAUCGAAGAGUUAAGAAAGGAGAAGAGGAAAAAGCUCGACAAAAGGAGAGAACAUUUAGCAUCGAAGAGUGUGUAUCGAUUUUAUCGACAACAUAUAUUCACUGGAAUUACUGAGUUGAAAGGAAACGAACGAGCGUAUCCAAUAUGGAUGUACAAAGAGGCGAUUCAUGGCGAAGGCGACUUGUUGAAAAUGAUUGAGAAAAUUGGAUUAGGGAAAGUGAAACCGACGGGGAUCAAACCAUGGGAAUUGCGAGUGAUGAAGUUGCAAGACACCAGUGCAUAUCGAGUGUUUGAUCCAAGUGGGUUUGAGUGUGUCAAAAAUUCAAGUAGUGGGUCAAGCAACACAUUUAUUAAACAAUUGGAGGACUUCACGUGCUUUAGUAAGAACGAAAUGUUCUUCACCGACUUUGUGAAUAACGUCUACAUCUAUCCUGAAGAACUUAACUUACAACGAGAGAAGAAGAAAGGCUGCUUUUUGAUUAAUUGUUAUAUCAGAAAGGAAGACACUAAGUUCCAUAGAGACGACACAUACCUUCCACUCUUUUAUAACAAGUCAAAGGUCAACAAUUUGUUCAUGAGAAAGGUGACAACAAGUGUUUCUGUGAAUCAAAAGACAGACUACUUUUUGGACGAAAUAAAAGCAAAACUGCCGGUAGUGUUAACCCCACAACACCAUAUGCUGUUUGUCAUUCAAGAAGUACAACUGACGAAUGAAUUGAAUGAACCAAUGGAAAAAAUGGUCAUCAACUCAUACUUUGCUUAUAUGUCUUUCAUUCAACUGGGACAAGUUGUUCGAAGCGGAGACUACACUAUUCACGUGUUUAAUGGUCUUCCAUAUGAGAACUAUACAACAACUAAAAUGACCCAAAUUGCAGAGGAAAAAGGAAGAGAACAAACACUUCGAUUUAAGAUCAGGAUUAUGUCCAAUGUAUACACACAGAGUAAAAACGUCCAUAAACUCCUCAGCUCGUUACAUACAAAUUUCAAGAACCCAAAAGCGAUAGACGACUCAUUUAAAGAGGUCACCGAUACUAUUUCAGCGGUUGGGAAGUUCGAUAUGGACAUCACUCACACCCUCCCCAUAUUGCUUGAUAUCAUCUUUGGGUUGUACGACGUCAAAUUUUCAGCAACCGACAAAUUGAAAACAGAGACGAAGACUACAGAGUUGGAGCCAUUCAAGUAUUUGAUACAACUGUCGAGCUUCUUCUCUGAUAAGUUCUUUUAUAAACCCUUCAAGAAAAAUUUGCCAUUUGAAUUGUAUAUGAAAUUCUACUUGGAAAAUAAAACAAACAAAAUUCCCAUUUUCCUCCCAUUUUUAACGUCAUUAAGAGAGUUUUUCCAGAACUACAUGGAGAAGCAAAAUGGAUCGACUUUGGACGAGAGCUUUGAACUGAAAUACGUUCAAACGACGAUGAACAUGAUACCCGUGUUCUUAAAAAUGAUAGAAAAGAGUCUGGUGUUGUACUUAGAAGGUUCAAGGCUUAUUUAUCAAUAUGACAAAAUACAGAGCGACACAAAUUAUAUUGACAAAUUUAAUGUGCAACUGAAAACAUUUUGUACUGUGUUUGCUCAGUAUGUUAAAUUGAGAGCAAAAGGUAAAAACAUUACUGGGAUAUUCACAUGUAAUGAAGCCCUUGGAAAUUUCAUUGUUGUGUUACUUCGUGUUUAUUCGAGAAAAAUAGCGAUGGAAUGCAUGGACAUUUAUUUGUUCACAUUGUCGACAUCGGACGACACAAGGAAGAAGGCAAUGAAUAACGACAAAGAGAGGGGAAAGUACUCUAAAAUGGAAGAAGCUUUGACAGUGGACAAAUACGCGACCUUGAUCCAACUCCUCAAAACAGACUUUUUGAAGUGUGUUGGGUCGUUUGUGUACUUCUAUGAAUGCAACGCACCACGAAUCACACAAGUCCAGAAUGUGUCUGACUAUUACACAACAGUGUUUUCAAGACACUUCUUGGCUGCAUAUGUGCAGAGAAUGCUUUUGCUUCAAAUGAAAAAGAACGACUGUGUUGCGAGAAAUGCGUUAUACACACUUGUGGAAUUGGCACAGAGAACAGACAAUGAUGUCAGACACCAACAACCAUACGAGAAGGCAAACAUCGCGGAGUUCUUUGUGAGUGUCAUUGAUUAUGUCAUUGUGAACGCAGACGAUUUGAUAAAAUUCUGGCAUUUCACUGAUGAACAAGAAAGUGACGACGAAUCAACAACAGACGAUUUGAGUGAAGAGCUUGAAAGGAUAAUUACACCCACCAUCACACCACAAACAUCACGACUUUCUGUUGUUCAAAACUUGUCGAGUUCGACGGGACAAGUUGUUGUUGAAAAUGGGAAGAAGAAAACUUCAGGCAUUUUUAGUGAAGAAGAAGCUCGCCAUUUCUACUUCUACAUUUUGUGGGUACUGAAGAACAUCGAAGUCAAAACGUUGACUAAUUUACUCAACAAAGACUCUCCAGAUCGAAUUGGGAAUUUACUCAGAAUACUUAAAGAGGCAGUUGGACUCUUGAGAGGACUUUUGAAUGAAAAGGACGCAUUGUUCAAGGGUAUUGCGUCCAAACUCAAUUCAGCAAGACAAGAGGUGUUCAACCAAAUGGAUAAUCAACCCCUUUUGAGUACUUUAAAGGACGGUAUGAAUGACAGAAUCUCCCCUGAUGUCUCUUCAUCGGAAGAACACUCUGUACAAACCAACACAUCUAUUGUUGAUACGGGACUUCUAGUCAUUCUCGACUUGAUUAUGAAUUGUUUUAAUAAAAGAUUCUUUGGAGGGAACAAUGAGGUGAUGAAUGAACUCACCGAAUUGAUUGUGUCACUGUUUAAAGUCACACCGACAGAGUUGUUCUUCAAACACUUUAUGGCGCUGAUCAGGAAAAUUGUGACUGAGAAUGCGGAGUAUCUCUUUGUAACAAAUCCGACGUUUUGCUUUGAUUUGAUCAAUGGAAUUAUUGGAUAUUGUCGAAGCCCAUCUCUUGUUGUGAGAAAGAACGCUACGAGUGUGUUGUACUUGUUUGUCAAAUCCAAUUUUGAGAGAAACGAGAAUGUGAACAUGGUGAGAAUACACAUCACAAGUUCUCUUGCAAAUUAUGGGAUGAUCGACUCUGAAGCUUCAUAUGUAUUAUCUUCUCUGAGAACUCUGAAAAGGUGGAUUGAACUGGACUUUGCGGAUGAAGUGCAACAAAAGGUGGAGAAGCCAACUACAAACAUUUCAGAAGACAAGUACACUGUAUACAGAAAAAAGAUCAUUGAUAGACGAAUUGAGUUAUUAAACACGAUUGAAAACUAUAAAAGUGCAAAUGAAGGUAUUUGGAGGGCGAUGUGGAGAGUUGUUGUGUAUUUGGAUGAACAUUGGUCGUUUGAUCAUACUCCGGAUGUUGACAGGAAGAUUAAUUUAAUUCAGACUGAAAUUGCAAAACGAGUUAAAAACGAGGAGAAGGCGGAAGUGCUUCGAACGUGUAUUAUCUACCAAUUAAACGACUUUUUGGAUACCGUUAAAACAGCAUUGGGCAAGUUGAUGAUUGAGAGUGAGAGAGAAGCGUUUGUUGUUGUGAAAGAAGAGAGUCUUGACAAAUUGCACAAAUCGCUUAAAGAGAUCAAUGACACUUAUUUCAAGUUCAAAUUGAUAUUGGCGGACUUUCCAAUUGGGCAGGAGAGU